GCUCCCUCCUCCACCAAUGCCAUGUCAAGUACAAAACAAGCAGUUGGAUGUUGCUUUCAGGUUUCCAUGCCCCUCAUCACACUCCUUGAUUUGAUUUCCAUAGCACCUUGCACACAAGCCCUGAACUGUGUGACAUGGAUGCUGAUAGUUUUGACAGAUCACAAUGCAUGGGAGGCUUUGAUGCUGAAGAAGAUCCCACUUCUGGACCAUCUAAAUUUCCCCCUUUGAACCCCAAGCCAGGGCCAGAUGACAUUCCACUUGUCCCAUUGAAUGAGCUAUGGAAUGUGAUAUCCAACAGCUGCUAUCAAAACAUAGAUGGGACCUGCAAUUUAUUUCAAGAGCUGCAAGAUGCACUCACCUCUGGUGAACCACUAUUUUCUGACCCAGCCACUGCACUCAAUCAAUUCCCAUGCAAUGACAUUCUUCUCAAUGAAGACAUGGAGUCUGACUUUGGUAUUGAGCUUCCAGAUGAUGAAGGUGACAAACUCAUCCACUCUAACUCUGUGAAAACCAAGCAUUUUCUCACCAUGAUACUAUUCAAUUCUCCAAGGCUUCCCUUUUCUGACCCACAAAAGAAAGCCAUCCUCAACUGGGCAAAGGAACUCAGUGCCCAUGAUGUACUGUCUUUGUAUGCACUGAAACAGUGCCAUGAGCAAGUCAAGAAAAUUGUGGGUGACUUGACCAAGAAGGUUGUUUCACCAUUUGGUAAUGUCUUCUAUAUCAACGAUGUUGCAAAGGCCAUUGUGAAGUCCAUGUCAACAGGAACAUUUAUUAUGUUGACUAGCUACUACAAGAUUCAUCUGGAGCAUAUUUUAUACCUGAGCACUUCUUCCUUGCAUCACCAAGUGUUGCCUCAGGUUCUGGUGGAAAGCUGGCAGACACAAAAGAGCUCUUCACUCUUGGAUGCACUGCUGAAUGAACUGAAGUGUGCUGUGGUCAUUGAUAAAAAUGCUGGCAUGUUUGAUCACAGUCAUCAAAGAAGUGGUUGGAUGGUCUAUGCCAUCCCAUUGAUUAUCUUUAUGGAUGAUGUCUCUGGCAAUAUCUCCAAACAGUGGAACACGCAUUAUGUGAUAUACAUGUCAAAUGCAAACCUUCCAUGUGAAAUUUUGGAUCAAGAGUUCUGUGUAUGGUUUGUCACAUCAUCUCCACAUGCUUCUCCUAUGGAGUUGAUGCAUGGAAUGAAGCAAUCAAUACUGAAUGCCACUGAGUUGGGGGACAAUCCUAUGCAGGCAGAGGAGUGUAGCCAGGGUGGUUUGAAUUGUAACCACUUUUGUCAAACUUGUGAUGUUGGAGGAAUGAAGGAGCACAAGGAGUCUGAGCAGGGAUACUGUAGCUUGUUCAAGUCAGGAAACCUUCACACACCAGAGGGAAUAGUGAAUGAAAUCAAAAAGAGUGAGGUCAAGGCUGCUUUGGAGAAGGAACUCGAGGAUCUUCUCAAUGGAAAGAACCUGGACAAUGUGAUAAACCCACUCUUAGGCAUGAAUGGUGAGGCAGCAUUUUACCUCUUCUCAUGCAAUUACUAA